AAACCUCGCCCCUUAAUUCGCUCGCACCGGUUACUACUGCUCCUGCUACCUCACACCACCCUCCCUCUCCUGCCAGAGCAGGAGGAAGAGAGAUUGGCAGGACGGCCAAGGAGCGGCGCCGAGGAGAGAGAGAGAGACGGAGCCAGCAAGUGUAACCGCCGCCGCGGAAACGGGAGAGGAGGAGAGAGAAGGAGAGGCGAGGGCGAGAAAGGAAACCAGGUGGAAGCAGAGGGGGGAAUGGCGUGAAGCAUGGCUGGAUCCAAGGUUCCGCGAUACCCUGCCUAUUCUGCAACGCAGCUCGUCUGGAGUUGGAAGGCGGCUACCGCCCCGGCGCUUUCUUGCUCGGCCUGCUCAUCGUCGUGUAUAAAUAGGACCGGGGGGCCAGGCCACAGACCGCACUGCAGCACACCACAGAGAUCUCUCCUCUUCCAUCUACAGCCGUAGAGAGCGAGGAGCGAGCGAGCGGAGGUUGGUAGCCAGGCGGCGGCGGCGGCAAUGGACUUCGGCGACGAACCCGAGGGCUCCGACAGCCAGCGCCAGCGGAAGCGCUACCACCGCCACACCCCGCGCCAGAUUCAGCAGCUCGAGGCGAUGUUCAAGGAGUGCCAGCACCCCGACGAGAACCAGCGCGCCGCGCUCAGCCGGGAGCUCGGCCUGGACCCGCGCCAGAUCAAGUUCUGGUUCCAGAACCGCCGCACCCAGAUGAAGGCGCAGCACGAGCGCGCGGACAACUGCUUCCUGCGCGCGGAGAACGACAAGAUCCGGUGCGAGAACAUCACCAUGCGCGAGGCGCUCAAGAACGUCAUCUGCCCCAACUGCGGCGGCCCGCCCGUCACCGAGGACUACUUCGACGAGCAGAAGCUCCGCAUGGAGAACGCCCGCCUCAAGGAAGAGCUGGACCGGAUGUCGAGCUACACCUCCAAGUACCUCGGCCGGCCGUUCACGCAGAUGCCCCCGGUGCCGCCCAUGUCCGUGUCGUCGCUGGACCUGUCCGUGGGCGGGAUGCCCGGGCAUGGGCUCGGCGGCGGCGGGCCGUCGCUGGACCUCGACCUCCUCGGCGGGUGCCCGCCGGGGAUGCCGUUCCAGAUGCCGGCGCCCGUGACGGAGAUGGAGAGGCCCAUGAUGGUCGACAUGGCGGCGCGCGCCAUGGACGAGCUCAUCCGCCUCGCGCAGGCCGGCGAGCAGCUCUGGGCCAAGGGCGUCGCCGGGGACGCGAGGGAGACGCUCAACGUCGCCACCUACGACAGCCUCUUCGCCAAGCCCGGCGGCGAGUUCCGCCCGCCGGACAUCAAUGUCGAGGGGUCCAGGGACUCGGCGCUCGUCUUCAUGAGCGCCGUCGCGCUCGUCGACGUCUUCAUGGACACGAACAAGUGGAUGGAGUUCUUCCCCGGCAUCGUGUCCAGGGCGCACACCGUCGAUGUCCUCGUGAACGGCUUGGGCGGCAGGAGCGAUUCAUUGAUCAUGAUGUACGAGGAGCUGCACAUCAUGACGCCCGCCGUCCCGACCCGCGAGUUCAGCUUCCUCCGCUACUGCAAGCAGAUCGAGCAGGGCCUCUGGGCCGUCGCCGACGUCUCCCUGGACGGGCAGCGCGACGCGCACUACGGCGGCAUCCCGUCGCGCACGCGCCGCCUUCCGUCGGGGUGCCUCAUCGCCGACAUGUCCAAUGGCUACUCCAAGGUGACCUGGGUCGAGCACAUGGAGAUCGAGCAGAUGCUCCCCGUCAACGUGCUCUACCGCAACCUGGUGCUGAGCGGCGCCGCGUUCGGGGCGCACCGGUGGCUCGCCGCGCUGCAGCGCGCGUGCGAGCGCUUCGCGUCGCUCGCCGUGCUCGGCGCGUCGCACCACGACCUCGCCGGAGUGACGCCGGAGGGGAAGCGGAGCAUGAUGAAGCUGUCGCAGAGGAUGGUGAGCAGCUUCUGCGCGAGCCUGAGCUCGUCAGCGCUGCAGCGGUGGACGCCGCUGUCGGGCACCACGGACGUGAGCGUCCGCGUGUCCUCGCACCGCAGCGCCGACCCCGGCCAGCCCAACGGCGUCGUCCUCAGCGCCGCCACCUCCAUCUGGCUGCCCGUCCCCGGCGACCACGUCUUCGCCUUCGUCCGCGACGAGACCGUGCGAUCCCAGUGGGACGUCCUGUCGCACGGCAAUCAGGUUCAGGAGGUGUCGCGCAUCCCCAACGGCUCCAACCCCGGCAACUGCAUCUCCCUGCUGAGAGGGCUGAACGCGAACCAGAACAGCAUGCUGAUCCUGCAGGAGAGCUGCACGGACGCGUCGGGGUCGCUGGUGGUGUACUCGCCGAUCGACCUCCCGGCGGCGAACGUGGUGAUGAGCGGCGAGGACCCGUCGGGGAUCCCGCUGCUGCCGUCGGGCUUCGCCAUCCUCCCCGACGGCCGGCCGGGGUCCGGCGCGGCGGGCGCGUCCAGCAGCGCCGCCCCACUGGCGUCCCCGCCGGGCUGCGUCGUCACCGUCGCGUUCCAGAUCCUCGUCAGCAACCUGCCGUCGUCCAGGCUCAACGCCGAGUCCGUCGCCACCGUCAACGGCCUCAUCGGCACCACCGUGCAGCAGAUCAAGGCGGCGCUCAACUGCGCCGGCCCCUGAUCGAUCGAUCGUCUUCCGAUCCACCAUCGCCGCCGCCUCCCCCCCGCCCCGCCUCGCCAGCCGCCUCCGCCACAGUGAGUGACUGACGAGAGAGUUGGUUGGCCCGUUGAAUGCUCGCAUUCAUGGACGCCACCUGCCGCUGCUCCCGGAGCUGACGCAGCUCUCUCCUCAUCAACCCAUCCAUGAUCCAUCACCACCAUAACAGCUCUCCUCCUCCUUUAGAUUCGGUGUCGUUUUCCUUUUGCUUAAAUCUGCAGGAUUCGUCGAGUUUUCUUCUUUUUCCUUUUUUCUUCCUUAGAAACAUUCGUUCGUGAGCCAAACAGAUCGAAGGCUUUCAGGCUGAGGGAGUCAAGAACGCACCAUGCUACCGUGUCCCAUUCCUCUCGCUGCAGCCAUUUUUCUCCCACACCACCACCACAGCUCUUCCGGCCUCUUCCAUGCAGGAUCCAUCCAUCCAUCCUUGUCAUCUCGCCAUUGUCGUUGUUGGUGCCGCAGCAGGGGAUGAAUGGUGCGGGUAUUGACUUCUGUCCAUUAAUGUAAAGCCUUCAAUGAACAUUCAUUUCGGUUAUAAAUGGAAAGGAGAAAAAACAAGUUCUGGUAAAAAGCUGUGAGAUGCGUUCAUGGCC